UGCACCAGCAGCAGCAGCUGUUUUGUUUACAAUGAAUAUCGGCACACAAUGUCGUUUUUAAAGCCGCUCUGCCGCGUUUGCAGCUGUCCGGCGGUGGACGGCGCUGUCCAGGCCAUCCAGGUGGACAAGGAGAAGCUCAAGCUGUGGCGUCCCGACUGCUUUGUCGGAGAAAUCGAGGACACGGACCUGAUUUGCUACUUUUGCAUCUGGAACGCUGAGAAAAUUCACACAAAUAAGCCAAUCGACGACUCUAAAAUAUGGUGGCCCCGGGAUUUGAGCUUGGACGGCGCGGCUAAAGAGCUGCGGAGGAAUUUUAUUUAUGGAGACGUGAAACAGUGCCGGGUUGAGCUGAAAAAAUUCAAAGCCAAACCGGAGCCGAAGUGGCACCAGUGCAUUUAUUGCGAGAAAUCGUACAGAACAAAUGAUGAACUGCAGGUGCACUGCAAGGUCGAGCAUCCUACGCAGCCUAGAUUCGUCGUGUGUCCGGAACGCGGAUGCCACGCCUACUUCGACACCUCGGAGGAGCGAGACGAGCACUUCAAGCAUGUGCACAACGGCGGGAAAGACGUGUGGUGCCGCAAACUGUUCAUCGAAAAGCAGGAAUCCGGCAGCGAGGCUCAAACCUACAAAGUUUGCACCAUUGACUCGUGCGAGGCGAUUUUCGAAUCGGGAGCAUCGCUGCGGCAACACGUCGCCUCGGAGCACAUGAAAAAUAAACUCGUGUGCGUAUUCUGCUUGGUAGAGUAUAAAAGUGGGCAAGCUUUGAAAUGUCACGUCGAGAGCGAGCAUAAUAUGAACAUGUAUUUCAAGUGCGACAAGUGCUCUGAAUGCUUCACCUCUCAACAGCUGCUCACGAACCACGAGAGCUUGGCUCACAUAAAUCUCGUCUGCAAGUUCUGCAACUCGGAAGUGCUCCCCAAGGACGUCGGAGCGCACUUUCUUUCCUUGCACGACUGCCACUUAUGCGGGGAGAAAUUUAACUGCAGCUUUCGGUUCGAAGCACACUCGUACUCUUGCCAAAAUCCGUCAUGGAUGAAUAACUGAGCUAGAAAAAUCUGAAAAAUCGAUGUGAAUCGGUUCAGCCGCCAUUUUGUUCCUAGGAUCUCCAGCCGAAAUAAAGUUUUAGACUGAAACUGACUGAAUAAAAACUAUAAUCGAG